AUGCCUGAUUCGAACGACGAUGCUCCCAAACCCGCGGGUAGCAUGCAGCUGGAAUCAAUUAGUUCACCACGUCUCCCGCCGCCGAGUAUGAGUGAUUCAAAUAUUGAAUCGUACUUUCUGUCGCUGGAGUUCUGGUUCGCAGCUACUGGCAUCGGUGGUGCAGUUCACGACACGCGGAAAUAUAACAUCGUGAUGGCGCAAGUUCCACCAAAUAGGCUCACGGAGCUGCGAGCGAUUAUUGACGGCACGCCGACCAACAACGAAAAGAACACGUAUAUUAAAAGGAAGCUCAUUGAACAUUUCGCCGACAGCCAACAGCGCCGCUUGCAACGUGUUUUAUCGGAUAUGCCGCUCGGAGACAUGAAACCCAGCCAGCUGUUUAACGAAAUGAGUCGUGUUGCUGGGAAUUCUCUUGGUGAGACUGUGUUACUGGAUUUGUGGGCCACAAGACUACCCCCGCACGCACAAGCAGCUGUAAUAGCGUCAAAAGGAGAUGCUGCUGAAAGGACAACAAUCGCGGAUGCCAUCGUCGAGUCAAUGGGACUUCGCAACAUCAACGCAGUCGAAUCAAAGAUGCAACAAGGAAUGACGUCACGCCUAGCUCCUGAAAAACCAGCACAAUGCAGCAUCGAAAGCCUUCAACGAGAAAUCGCGCAGCUGUCGAGCAAACUGGAGAAGGUACUUUCAUCACGUAGCAGUGGCAGUUCCCGCGGACGAUCGCGUUCCCGUUCACACAAUGAUGGUAAGACAAAAUUUGUGCACCGUGACAAAACGCCAGUACACGAACUGUGCUGGUACCAUCGUGUUUUCGGAAACGAAGCGCGGCGAUGCAGAAAGCCAUGCUCGUUCAGCCAGUCCGCUGGUUCAACGAAUAAUCAAUGA